AAAGCAUUCAUUUGUAAUCAUAUGCUUAAUCUCGGUGUUUGUCUUACAUGUCGAGUAUUAGGUCCUUGAAGUGUGUUAUCUCUUUCAACUGAAAACCACAUUUCCUUUCAUAUUAAGUGCACACAAAGUGAUCACUAAAUUUAUAUCCACCGAAAAGAUGUCUUUUGCCAUCACUUUCUCCAGAAGCAAAGUCUGGAAACUAAAUGUUAAUAAACUGUUUAAAGUGAUGUCCAAUAGAUAUGAGGUCCAGAAUCAGGCAUUUAUUACUAAACAGAUAAGACAUGCUUCAGACCGUCGUUAUAGUGAUAAACACGAAUGGCUUGCAUUAGACUCGACCCAAAAGAUCGGAACCGUUGGCAUCUCGAAGUACGCGGAGGAAGCGCUGGGAGAUGUGGUGUACGUACAGCUGCCGGAUGUGGACCAACAGUUCGCACAAAAUGAAACGAUUUGUGUGGUUGUGAUCACCAAAACAGAUGAAGUCGGGGCCGUGGAGAGCGUGAAGGCCGCCUCAGAGAUUUUCACACCCGUGUCCGGACGUAUCGUCGAAAUCAACGACAAACUCGAAGAUAAACCCGGUUUGAAAUACUCAACCAAUUGUGGCAUUCAUUGA